GGUUCCCCCAUUCUCUCCCUCUCUCAGCCAUUGUCCAGUGGCGGCCCUCGCAGUGGGUGGGGCACAGAGGAAGUGGGCGGAGCCGGGCGGAUGCGGAGGGAGCUACGCGAUUCGCUCCCCUACGAGGCCCAGAUGGUGAUGUCAUACCCUCCUCCAGGGGCGGGCCUGGGGAGCGAGGGGCGGAACAACGAGAUCUUCUACCAACCGGGCACCGGACUGGAGGGCUGGAAGGGGCGUGGCGUAGGAGAGGCGUUGCAGCAAUUGGUCGAUGACGACAGGAGGCGGGACCAAGAGGCCAUCUACCUUGCCGGAUUGCUCCGCCUCCUCAGUGAGAGCUACGGAGCCCCCCAGAAGCUGGGGUUGGAGGAGACUGGAGACUUUCAGGGCCCUUACCCCCCCGAUUACGACGAGACGGAGCAGGGGCUCAGCAUGGACAAGCCCCAGGCCGCCUGGCAGGGCCUUCUGGACCCCCAGCUGACCCAGGCUCUGCUGAACCGCUACAGGCAGGAGAGGCUGAGGCAGGCCAGUCUGCCCCCCACCAGCAGACUGCUGACCGCGGACAGCCGCAGCGGGGGGCCGGGCGGCGAGGAGGGGGAGGAGGAGGUGCUGAGGUACCUGGUGGGGCGGGUCCUAUCCAGCCUGGCGUCGGAGACCCCCCAGCAGACCCCCUCUCGCCUGGCCAAGAGGGACCUGGCGGCGGCCGGCGACCGCCCCACUCCCCCCCUGAAGAGGCCCCGCCGCUCGCUGGACGACGGGGCUCCCCCGUCCCCCAGGGUCGAGCCGUCGCUGCUGCGCGUGAAGCGGCUGGGGGACGAGGAGGAGGAGGAGGAAGAGGAGAGGGCGGCGGCGGCGGGGGGCGCGCGCGCCGGGCUGCAGAGGAUGAAGCGCAUCGACAGCGAGCUGCAGGGAGGCGGGAGGCCGGCCCGCAAGAGGCGAGCCGUGACCUAUGACCCCGACCUCCUCGCACAGCGGAUCCUACAGUACCUGCCCGAGUAACAUGGGGGGGGGGGGGGGGGGAGGGGAAGAAACAGCUCAGAUUAACACAACACACACGCAUGUACGCACGCGCAGGGGCAACUCCGCCGUGACUGACGUUACACCCGGGGCAGGGACAGCCAGUGCAGGUAACUCCAGUCACCCGGAGCUGCCACCUCACACCCAAUACUAACUCACAGGGGGACUGGUAGAAAGAUUCUUCUCCUCCAGAGCGUCAUCAGCCAUCCCCUGAUCUUCUGAAAAAUGCACACAGAAGGCAGGGACGCCAUGUAGGUUUGUCAGAGAGACUUCUUUUCUUUCGCUUUCAAUGUAACCUGGAAAAUAAGCAGUGAGUUUUGUUUUGUUUUUUUUAAUUCGUUAAACUAUGUAGAGUAAAUUGUGGCGCUGGAGAAAAAAAACAAAACAGCAAAGUUACUUUCGCAAAGUCACCCUGUUGUUCCUCAAGCCCCUGGCUCCAUACAUCAGUUCAGCAGUGUAGUUCUGUUCCAAUCCAUCCCUUGCAGAAAACACAGGGCAGGAGACAUGCAUUUAACAGAGUCAUCUCCUGCUGCACACAACACUCCAACAGUCAGAUACCAGGUGCCCAGCAGGGAACUAGUGGCCCAUUUGUAAAAUACAACUGCAAUAAAGUCUGUUUUUAUAUGGUGUUCCUCCUCCAAACAUUUGCUGGCACUUCAUAAUAAAAAAUACACCGGCCAGUCACCCAGAAUAAACUGUUGCACAUGGAGUAAUGCAUGUAGAGCACUGCUCUUCAGCUGUGCGGCUGGAGGGGGGUGUGUUUCUAAAGGUUCCAUUCCACUCGACCUUAACGAGGCAAUUAACCAAUUACCACCUAAUUGGUCCUGUUAGCCUCUGUCUCCGGAUCUAAAGCAGGUACUAAAGUACAGCGGGACAUUAAAAGCUGAGGAACACGGACACAGACAGGCCAGCCUCCCUGCUAGAAUAUUGCCCCUGAUGCUGCAUACUGGUGCGACAGUCGCCACAGCUGCCUGCCUGGAGACCGUCCAUCUUGGCUCAUCCAGGCUUCUCGUGAUAUAAAAUACCCACCUUCAGUUCCCUGUAUACUGGGGCCAGAGCCCCAGCCCGUACUGCAGAGGGAAGAUGAGUCUGGUCUAGUUGGACAGGUUACUCUCGUGCUUUCUGGAAGGGACGGAAAAAAUAGGAUUACGAGCGGAAAACCUCUCAGUCCACACCCGUCCCCUCCUCCUGCCUCUCUUCAGUCACAGUAUCCCAGUGUAUCCAGUCGCAGCACCGACAGCACAGCGCCGCAGUGCACACUCUGAGACAGCGGGGGCAGUCCUGUUGGCGAUCCGCUCCUGGCCCUGUUAGCUCUUCGCUGUCCUCUCCCCAGCUCUGCAGGGGAGCCCUACGUGUCAGUGAUAAUCAGGCCAAUGAAUGUCCUGCACGUGACUGAACCACUUUUCACCUCCUAGGUCCCCCAUCUCUCUCUCUCUCUCUCUCUCGCUCUCACUCUCUCUAUUCUGUGACUUUGUGGACAAAAGAAAACUCUGUGGUUGAGAUUCUUGUGGCUUUUCCGAUACCUGUGCAUUCUCUAAGAUCUUGUACAAAAUAUAUUUUGCUCGCUGAUGUGAUCAACAAGAUAUUCUAAUAAAUGAUUAUGUGGAAGAUGA